AUGGCAUCGUCUACAGCCACGCCUUUCCGCUUACGAUAUGUUGAUCGCGUCCUCAACUUCCAAUAUGAAACCAUGGUCGCUCCAAAUCCAAAGUUUCUCUACUUCUUGGGUGUCUUGACCGAUCUCUCCAUCCGCGCAGCGCAGACUACCACCAGUUUUCCCUUUGACACGCAAGGUCUCAAUCUCUCCGACGGACCAUGGCAAUACCGCAUUACCAGAAGUGCGACACAGAAGACCGCGUGGCGCAUUCUCAGAACCCAUGCCGACUUUGAGGGCAUGCUUAUAGUAUUGGCUGAUGCGCAUGCUACUGACUGUCUCGAGGUCCAACAUUCGUCUCGCCGAGUGAACACCCCUCCCAGAGCUGCGAAGAAGAAACAGAAGAAGAUGACACCUGCUCCGGCAAUGCCGCCAGCAAUGUCGCCAGCAAUGCCGGCAGAAACGCCACCAGAAGCGCCGUCCCAGUUCGCCAUCUGGGAACAAUACCGAUGGCCACCGGUCAUCGUGGACAGCGGCAUCAUCCACGAGGCUCUGCGAGAGGAACGGCUGGAGGGGAUCUACUUCGGCAAAGCUCCUAAGGUGGAGCCGAUGGAUUUGGACCGGCCUAGAGAGUAA